AUGGCUGCAACUACCAAAUACACUCCGGCGCCGACGCGCGACAGCUUCGAGGAGGAGGGCCCCAGCUACUCGCAGGCGCCGCCUUCGUAUCAGGCCGAGACCGCGCUGCCUGCACCGCGAUCUGAGGGCGACAAUGUCCCAGACGACUUCAAGUUCGGAGGCUCCGUCGCCGAGGCCACCCUCCCCGUCCGCAUGCAAUUCAUCCGCAAGGUCUACUCCAUCCUGACCGUCCAACUGCUCCUCACCACCGCCAUGAGCUCCAUCAGCUUCUUCAGCACGCCGUACCGCAACUGGAUCCAGACGAACCAGUGGAUGAUGUGGGUGUCGCUGUUCGGCGCCAUCGGAUUCAUGCUCUUGACCUUCUGGAAGCGCAAGUCUUACCCCAUGAACCUGGCGUUCUUGGGCGUGUUCACCGCGUUGGAGGCGUACUCGAUUUCGGUCAUCACGAGCUUUUACGAGAGCCGUAUCGUUCUGCAAGCGUUGAUCUUCACCCUUGCCAUCUUCGCCGCUUUGACGCUCUUUGCUUGCCAGAGCAAGUACGACUUCACUUCAUGGAUGCCUUACCUCUUCGGUGCCCUCUGGGUCCUGAUCAUCUUCGGUUUUAUGGCCGCUUUCUUCCCCAAGAGCAGCGCAGUCGAGCUCGGCUACGGCGUCGUCGCCGCUCUGAUCUUCAGCGGAUACAUUCUCGUCGACACCCAGCUUGUGAUGAGACAUUACCACGUGGAGGAGGAAAUCGCCGCGAGCAUCAGCCUCUACCUCGAUAUCCUCAACCUCUUCCUCGCGAUCCUGCGCAUCCUCAACAGCCAGUCGAACAACUAA